GGAGUCUGGGGAUGGGUCUUUCCCUCCGCCGUGUCCCCUUUCCUCAGCUCUCCGCAGACGCCAUGUUGGCUUGAAGGGAAGAUGACCAGAGGAGGGAGAGGGAGCGACGGCGGCGGAGGCCGGGGAAGGCAGCCCGGCUCUCACUGAGGGGAAGCCGGGGAGAGCCAUCUUCUCCUCCUCCUCCAUCUUCAUUCGGCUGAGGGAGACCGCGUCAGCUGUGAGGGGCUGCAGUUAACAGUCGCUGCUGCUGCUCUUACUGAGGAGGACGAAGUCCCCCGAAGAAGGGGAGAUGAGGACGGAGGCCUGAGGCCGAGGAGGAGGACACUGCCACCCGAAACCACCGCAGUUUCAGUCCCCCCUUGAGCUGCUGCUGCUGCAGUUUGAGGGGGGAGGAGGCGGCGCAGGGUGUUGUUGUUGUUGUUGUUGCUUCUCCUGCUCGUGUGGCGUGUCAGGGGCUGCCUCCCUCUUGGCUGCUCUCUGCCUCUUUCUCCCCUCUUUGGCUCACUUUUUAAAAGAAACUUAGGCUGAAUGUUAUAAAAGCAGCAUCUCAGGAGGAAAGAGCCUUUCUAUCCACCCCCAAAUCCUUUCCAUUCCUCCCCAAACAAUCUUUCUGUCCAUCCCCCAACAGCCUCUGCAUUCCUCCCUAAACAACCUCCCCGCCCCCCAAUUACUUUUAUAUCCAUCCCCAAACAGUCUCUCCAUCCAUCCCCCAAAUCCUUUCCAUUCAGUCCCUUUCUAUCUCUCCCUAAACAACCUUCCCAUCCAUCCCCAGACCAGCUUUCCAUCAAUAGCCUUUCUAUCCAUCCCCUGACAACCUCUCCAGAUCCUUUCCAUCUAGCCCCAAACAACCUCUCCAUCCAUCCCAAAACCACUUUUUUGUCAAUCCUUCAACAGCCUUUCCAUCCAUCCCCAAACAUCCUUUCUGUCCAUCCCCCAAAUCCUUUCCAUCCAGCCCCAAACAGCUUUUCUAUCCCUUCCUAAACAACCUUCUCAUCCAUUCCCAAACCAUCCAUCCCCCAAAUCCUUUCCAUCUAUCCCCAAACAGCCUUUCCAUUCAGCCCCAAGGAGCCUCUCCAUCCAGCCCAGAAACAGCUUUCCCACCGUCCUUUCUAUCUAGCUCCAAACAACCUUCCCAUCCAUCCCCAAACAACUUCGGCCCCUAGAGAAGGAAGAAGAAGAAGAGGGUGUCUUUGCUUCUCUGCUGUGUCCCUCCUUUUAAACCCCUUUUUUCCCUUUUAAUGAGGGGGUGAUUUGGAUGCAGGACUAUCCUCUGAAUCAUCUUCACCCUUCAUUAUUGGCCUGGGCUUGAGAGGAAGAGCGAGGCGGGAGAGGAAGGAAGGAAGGAAGGAAGGAGAAAAAAGCCUCUACACCAUGAAUGUCCUUGUGUGUUUGUGACUGGUCUACCUGGCACCAGGGUGUUGGUGUUGCUGCUGACAAGGAUCUGCUGCCAUUUCUGGCUUCCUGGGUGCUUCUGAUCGGACCUUUUAACGCCAGCGGCUCCUCUUUGGAUUUUCUCUCCCAGAGCCGCAGUUUGUUUGCUUCAGGUCAGACUGUUUUAUUGGAGGAAAACAAAGCUUAGAACUGAACAGACGCUGACACCAAAGACUGGUUGGCUGGGAGGUCUUUCAGACAACAGCACCGACAAAAAUCAUUCUUAUUCUCUGGCCUUUGAAAGCGACAAGGGAAUAUCAAGAUGUCUGGCAGUGUCCCAUCUGAUAUGAUAAAUUUGCGCCUCAUUUUGGUAAGUGGAAAAACAAAAGAGUUCUUGUUCUCACCAAAUGAUUCAGCAGCAGACAUUGCAAAACAUGUAUAUGAUAACUGGCCAAUGGACUGGGAAGAAGAGCAAGUGAGCAGUCCAAAUAUUUUGAGACUUAUUUAUCAAGGGCGGUUUCUUCAUGGCAACGUGACACUAGGAGCAUUAAAACUUCCUUUUGGAAAGACUACAGUGAUGCAUUUGGUGGCUAGAGAGACAUUGCCAGAGCCAAACUCUCAAGGUCAGAGAAAUCGUGAAAAAACUGGAGAGAGCAAUUGCUGUGUGAUCCUGUAAAAGCUCUGCUGUAUCUGCUGCUUGUGAUUUAGAAUAGUUUUUGUCUUUCAUGCCGCUGGACUAGAGGAGACCAACAUUGCUUCAAUCACCAUUAGGAAGAGUCUACCUGUGAAUCCAUUGAACUGAAAUAUUACAUGAACACUGUCGCAUUUUCCCCUAGAACAACGAACACCUUUUUUUACCUUUUUACUUUUUAGUUGUUGAACAAGCUUAUUAAUACGUCACUUCUCCAAUGCAUUCUCUCUCUAAAGAAAAGUUAACUAUUCUCUUCAACAGGAAUCAUUUUGCUGCCAUAAAAUCACUCUUAAUCUGAACUUUAACCAAUCAAGAUUUCUAGAUGCAAUUUGCACUAAAAAUGGUUGGCAAGACAUAGACCUCAUCAGCAAAAGUUCUUAAGUAUUUGAAACACAGAGAAAAUGAAUCAGCACUGGAAAAUACUUUCAGCAGUCUUGUUUUCUUGAAUUCAGUAAUGGCCAACUGAAAAACAGAAAAAAAUAACUACUAAAAUAAUUCUACCUAAGUCAGCCUUGGUGGCCAAUCUGGCACAAAUACUAACUAAAAUUGUCUGACUAUAGACACACAUAUAUUAUAUUCACUGCAACAAACAAUGUGCCUGUAAUUUUUAAGCACUCUGUAGAGGGCUGUUGUAACUGAUUUUUUUCAUUGAUAUGCACUCUUCUCUUGUACAUUAGUUGAGUGCUUGUUCAGACAGCACAGAUAAGUGCAGAGAGUGCAUUUCCUAGCCUUAAUAUGGGAGGGGUAAUUUCCUGUAGUACAUAGGCUUUUAUUAAUGUGCAUAAAUAUUAGAAGACUUCAUUUACUAAUCAAUUUUAUGUCUUUGAAUAUCAACAGUCAGUGUUUUUCAAUCAUUCUUAUUCCAUCUGUAUCUUAGUGUCCAGAGUCAUGCUUGCUCAUUAGUGACUUCAAAGGAAAUAACUAAAUGAAAAAAGGAGACAAAAUAGAAAAACCUCUGAGUUUUUGUUUGUUUAUGUUAUCUGCAUUUGGUAUUAGUGCUUGCAAUUGUAUUGGAAGUCAAAAGCUGGUUUGUUUGUUUGUUUAAAAAAGCAUACAUAGUUACAAAGGAUGCCAUUCUUUUACUUCAUAGACUUAAGAAUUGAUAUGCUAAAAAAUUGCACAGCACUAAAGCAUGAGUUAGUUUCAUCUAAACCUGUAAAAAAAUAUAAAAGAUUUUAUAUUUUUUCCACUGGGGAGAGAUUCUUCCUAGUUGAAAUUACAAAUCUGUAGAAUAUAUUUAAUAAAAAUCUUAUAAAAACAUGACUAUAGAACUUAAAUAUAGAUUGGCGUAUAGAAUAAUACAACAAUAAUCCAUAUAAAUAGCUCUAGGCUUUUUAAAAAUGCAGGUUGACAUUGUGUUCUGUAAUUGAAUCCAUGGCCCUUACAAGCAUUCUGUGUUUUUUGAAUGGUCAACUUCAUUUAAAUGUAAUCAGGUUAUUUUAUUCAAUGUUAUUGCUUUGACAAAAUGCUUUAUAUGCAGUAGGCCUACAAAGGUAUUGUUCAUAAUGAUCAAAAUUAAAUUUGUAUAGAGCAGAGUUUUAAAACAAAUUGUAAAUAGCACUAAACAUUUUCUUUGCAACCUGUACUGAUAAAUUCUUCUGUAAACUAAAUAAAAGAAGAAUAUUGUA